UAACCAAAAUUCAUGUUGUUUCCACAUUCGUAGGUCAUUGUGAAAUUUUUACAUUUUGAAUUGAACAAAUCUCUUCGGAAAACUUCUUUUUUCAUCAAGUUUUUGGGGUAAUUCAACAAAACAGAUAUAAAAAUACUUAUUUAAAAAGAACGAAUUCGAUUGUUUACAUUUUAAUAAAAUAUGGCUGACAGCUCAGUACAAGAUUUGAACAAAAUGAAGGUUGCAGAUUUGAAGAAAGAAUUAAAAUUGCGUGGAUUGAAUACUGUUGGCAACAAAAAUGAAUUAGUUGAUCGAUUAAAUGCUGCACUUGAAAAUGAUGCCGGUAAAAUUGAUAAUUUAUCAACAGAAACAGAAGAAUUAAUGGAUGAUGUUUUAAAUGACGAUGAAGAUUUAGAUGACGAGAUUGAAGAUGCUGAUGUUGAAGAAGCUGAAAAAGUAUUAGAAAAUGAGGGAGAUACAAGUAUAGUUAGCACGGAUGAUCCAAAAAGUCCAAGAGCAAAUAAACGAAAAUUAAGUGAAUUAUCAGAUGAUAGUAGUGUUACAAAAGCUGCACCAAGAAAGAUAGUUUUGAACAGAGUAUUGUCUGUUAAUAAUUCACAAAAUAAACCAGAAUCCACAACUGAAAAAACAUCCACAGAACAAGAAAAAGAAGUGCCAAAAGAAAAGGAAGCAAUCACUGCUGUUGGAACAACGGAAGGCAAACGUGUUAUAAAACUUUCAAAUUUAUCGGUUAAAGAAAGAUUAGAAAUGCGAGCAAAAAAAUUUGGUACAGCAUUAACAACUGAUCAGAAAAAGGAAGCAAGAUCCGCUAGAUUUGGAGGUCAAGUGCCCAUUACAAAUGUAACAUCAGCAACAUCUAAAAUUUCGAUUACAAAUCCCGAUACGAAAAUAGAAGCAUUGAAGAAGAGAGCUGAAAGAUUUGGUACAUCAGUCUCACCAAUUAUGUCUAAACUGGAUACAAUCGAUCGAUUAGAAAGACGUAAAGCAAGAUUUGGAGUAGUUAAUGCACCUGCGAAAAAAGAGGCAAUCGUCAAAUAGACAUUUUUUUUUUGUGAUUUUUGAAAUUUUACCAAAUAUUUUGGUAUUAAUUUCAAGAAAAUUUUACAAUGUUACUCAUUGUGUUUCGUUUCAAGAUGCUAGUGUGAAAAUGGGUUCCAUUCAAAUUACAUAUUAAUAGAGUAUUAAUUUCUUAAAUUUUUGUAUAAUUCUACCCACAC